GCUGGAGCAGCACGAGCUGCUCAUACGUGCGGCAGUGGAACUCAAGACAGCUGAGUUAGCUGUGUGGCUCGCGCUAGCAGUGCUCGGUUAGAUAAGAAGUGUUGUCGGAACCAGAGUCAGUCCACCAGUUAGUCAGUCAUUAUGGGGGAAGAAAUGGAGAACAAUUCAAUAAACACAAAUUCGACGACGGGAGAUGAGAAGCAUCAACCUGCCGAGGAUGGUGAUGUGAAAUAUUACACGCGCAAGCAGAUUCAAGCUCAUAACAUGAGCAAAGACGCGUGGCUGAUUAUCCACGACAAAGUUUACGAUAUUACAUGUUUCCUGGAGGAGCAUCCGGGAGGUGAAGAAGUGCUCCUGGAGCAGGCAGGUUCAGAUGCAACAGAGAGCUUUGAGGAUGUUGGCCAUUCCACAGAUGCCAGAGAGAUGCUCGAGCAGUACUACAUCGGAGAGCUGCAUGAGGAUGACAGAAAACGAGAUUGUAAAAAGGAGGUUUAUAUUACAACUUCCAAAGAGUCCAGUUCAUGGAGCACCUGGCUGAUUCCUGCUGUAGCAGUAGCUGUUGUAGGCUUCAUGUAUCGUUAUUACAUGUUGGAGCACAAAUCAUCUUGAGCACGUUUGAGCAGCUCCUGGAUUCCCAGAAACGGUCUCAGCACAACGUUUACCGGUACAAGAUGGUAUUGCAGUACUUGACAGCCUGAUUGGUUUCGGAUCAGGAUCCAGGCCAGCGCAAUUUUAUAUCUCUAUUUCAUCCAGAGGCCUUGGACUUUUUUCUGUCUGAUUUCACACAUUUAUACUCACUCUAGUUCUCUCACUUGUGCACACACACACACUCUCUCUCUCUCUCUCUCUCUCAUUUAUAUAUAUAUA